UACUGUCUACUUGGAUCUGGAGCCACAGGUCCCCGGGGGCACCCUCUACACCGAGAAGGAGACCUAACCAUGAGGAGGCUCCUCCUGGUCACCAGCCUGGCGGCCCUGCUGCUGGGGGAGAGGGGCUUGGCGUCCAAGCGCCAGGUCCUCAUUGAGACCAAAGGCAAAAUUGGAGCCCCUGAGCAGGACACAGCGGAGACCCGGGGCGCCCGAGUUCCCACUUCUCUGAGAAGGGACAAGCAGCUCUCGGGGCUGUCUGGCUGGGACCCGGAGCCUGACCGUGACAGCCUGUACCACCCGCCGCCCGAGGAGGCCCAGGACGAGGCAGGGGUCUGGUCUUGGGCACUGCCACCUCACCAGGGGCUUCAGGGGCCAGAGGAGGAUCGAGACCACAUCUACCACCCCAGGGAGGACUCCUGAGCGCCCUGAGCCCUCCUCAACUGGAAAAAUAAACCUUGCAGAUGCGCACCUCA